AAAAUUUCUCCAAGAGCAGCUCACUCCAACUCCAUUACCAAAUCUCCUCCACUCUCCCAUACCAACCUUCUCAAAUAUAAACAAAUCUGUCAUUUGAAUUCCACAAAUCCAAUACCUCACACUUCAUUACUUCUUCAUUUCACUACACACACACAGAGAGAAAAAAAACAUCAAUACCCAUUUUUCUCACUUCUCUUCUUCAUUUCUCCAUUUUUAUCCUCCAAAUCCCCUAAAUGAACUAAAUAAAAGCUCCAUUUAAUACAGGUUAGCUCUGUCAAGCCUAUAUGAGUAGUGAAGAAGUAUAGAACACUUCUUUUCUAUUUCUUGAUUUGAGCUAGUUGAUUUUAUUACCAAAUCUCUAGUUUGCAUUUGAAACUUCUCUUUGCAAAAUAUCUCAUUAAAAUCCACAAAAAAUCCAACAUACUACAUUUUUUGUAUUUCUUGAUCUAGGGUCGUUGGAGUGGAGGUCUUUCAGAAACAGCUUCUUGACCUCCACGUGAUAGUGGAACGGUUUGUGUAUAGUCAUAUACUCUACCCUCCUCAGACCUCACUAUGGGAUUUUACCGAGUAUGUUGUUGUUGUUGUGGUUGUUACUAAAAUCCACAAAAACCCAACAUACUCCAUUUUUUUUGGUAUUUCUUUAUAUGAGCAAGUUGAAGUUACUGUCACAUCUCUAGUCCAAAUUUGCUAUUUCUUGCUAAUCAAAAUCCAAAAUCACAUUUCUCUUGGCAUUUCCAAAAUUUUCUUAAUGGCUGAUAUAGUGAAGCAGAUUUUAGCAAGGCCAAUCCAACUAGCAGACCAAGUAACAAAAGGAGCAGACGAAGCAAAUUCCUUCAAACAAGAAUGCACAGACAUCAAACUCAAGACAGAGAAAUUAUCCACAUUGCUACGUCAAGCAGCACGAGCUAGCAACGAUCUCUACCAACGUCCUACAAAACGUAUCAUUGAAGACACUGAACAGGUCCUCGAAAAAGCCUUAGCCAUCGUAGUAAAAUGCAGGGCUAACGGGCUAGUUAAACGAGUUUUCACUAUCAUUCCUGCUGCUGCAUUCAGGAAAAUGACUUCCUUACUGGAAAACUCGAUUGGUGAUGUAUCGUGGCUGCUACGUGUUUCUGCAAAUGAACGUGGUGAUGAGUACUUGGGACUGCCCCCGAUCGCUGCUAAUGAACCUAUAUUGUGUUUGAUUUGGGAGCAGAUCGCGAUCCUGUAUACAGGAUCGUUGGAUGAGAAAUCAGAUGCUGCUGCUUCUUUGGUUUCGUUAGCUAGGGAUAAUGAUCGGUAUGGGAAGUUGAUCAUUGAAGAAGGUGGAGUCGGACCCUUGUUAAAAUUAUUGAAGGAAGGGAAAUUGGAAGGUCAGGAGAAUGCUGCUAAGGCGAUUGGACUUCUUGGACGCGACCCUGAAAGUGUCGAACACAUGGUACAUGCUGGAGUUUGUUCAGCGUUCGCUAAAAUCCUCAAAGAAGGUCCGAUGAAAGUUCAGUCAGUGGUGGCAUGGGCAGUUGCUGAACUCGCUUCACAUUACCCGAAAAGCCAAGAUCUUUUUCAGCAGCAUAAUAUAGUCCGGUUACUGGUUAGCCAUCUCGCGUUUGAGACUGUUCAAGAGCAUAGCAAGUAUGCGAUUGUCAGCAAAGCCACUUCGCUUCACGCUGUUGUUUUGGCUAGUAAUAACAAUAGUAAUGUGAACACUGUGAACAAGGCGAAUGCGGAUGAUGUCAACACUCAUGUUCCACAUCCUUUGGGAACUAAUAAGUCUAAUCAGAUGCAUAAUGUGAUUACCACCACUAUGUCGAUGAAGGGUCUAACGAAGACCCCUCAGGAGAAUCUUGUUAAUGGCGUGAACCAGGCGUUGAAUCAGCUGAACAAGAUCAACGGAAAUAACAGCAUGAUGAAGCAAGUUCAUGUCAAUCAUCAUCAGCAUCUGAACGGUGUUUGUUCAUCCGGGGUGAGUAAUAAAGGGAGGGAAAAUGAGGAUCCUGCUACCAAGGCUUAUAUGAAGGUGAUGGCUGCACGAGCGUUAUGGAAACUUGCCAAGGGAAAUUCCUCAAUUUGUCGCAGCAUUACUGAAUCACGGGCACUGCUUUGCUUCGCGGUACUCUUGGAGAAAGGAACUGAUGAUGUUAAGUACAAUUCUGCUAUGGCAAUAAUGGAAAUCACAGCAGUGGCAGAACAAGAUGCUGAUUUGAGACGAUCAGCGUUCAAGCCUAAUACAACAGCCUGCAAAGCUGUCGUUGAUCAACUGCUGAGAAUCAUCGAAAAAGGAGAUUCCGAUUUGCUUAUUCCAUGUAUCAAUGCUAUCGGAAAUCUGGCUAGGACUUUCCGAGCAACAGAGACGAGGAUGAUUAGUCCAUUAGUCAAGCUGCUUGACGAGCGUGAACCAGGAAUCUCCAGAGAAGCUGCUCUAGCCCUUACGAAAUUCGCUUGUUCAGAUAACUAUCUUCACAAGGAUCACUCCAAGGCCAUCAUAAACGCAGGAGGCGCAAAACAUUUGAUUCAACUUGUUUACUUUGGUGAACAAAAAGUUCAAGGUCCUGCAUUGCCUCUGCUUUGCUACAUCGCGUUGCACGUUCCUGAUAGCGAAGAGCUUGCUCAAGCCGAGGUACUGACAGUGCUCGAAUGGGCCUCGAAGCACGCCUACUUGAGCCAACACGAAAAGGUGGAGAAAUUGUUGCAUGAAGCAAACAGCAGGCUGGAACUUUAUCAGUCUAGAGGAUCAAGGGGAUUUCAUUGAUUGGUAACAAUGACUCAUUGUGCAAAAUUUCUGUUAAUUGUUGGUUUGAAUUGUACAUAAGAUAAGUCUUUUUAGCCAUGCACUAGUUGUGUAGAAUAAGCUCUUAAUUAGAUCACUAUUGAUCUGCCUUUGUUGUAACUUUAUUGUUCCAAAUCUGUAUUAUUGUAUCUAAGACACAAAAAUCCUUUCUUCUUGGGAUGUAUGGAGAAUCAUUCCUUUUA